AUGGGCGCGCGAAUAGGAGACCCGCUGAGUGGCUGGCUGGAGGACUGGGGGCUUGUGAGGCUUCUGAUUGGACGGCAGACAAUCGACUCAAGCGCGGGUGAUACAAGAGAGAGGAUCGGAGCGGCGCGUCGUGUUCGAGCCCCUUCACUUCUCCUCCGGACUGAAAGGAGGCCUGGCCUUGUCCGGCAAGGGCCUCGGGCCUCGAGCCAUCGGGAGUCGAGCCGAACAAUUCGAGCCGAGGAACUAGGCCCGUUGGGAUGA